CCCGGGUCGCGGGGUGAAGCUCUUCCCCGUGGGACCUCAGCAACAGGAGUAAGAGGAGAAGGAAGAAGAGGAGGACGACCUUCAGCCUCCGAGCUUCUCCUUCUCGGCAUACGGGCUGGGAGUGGAUGAGCAGCAGCAGCAGGAGGAGGAGGAGGAGGAGGGCGGCUCUGUGACGGCGGCAGGGAAUCGAGAUGUCCCACGCUUUGAAGCAGGUGUUCAAUAAGGACAAAACCUUCCGGCCCAAACGUAAAUUCGAGCCCGGCACGCAGCGCUUCGAGCUGCACAAGAAGGCUCAGGCGUCGCUGAACGCCGGGCUGGACUUGAAGGUGGCCGUGCAGCUGCCGCCGGGCGAGGAGCAGAACGACUGGGUGGCCGUGCACGUGGUGGACUUCUUCAACCGCAUCAACCUGAUCUACGGCACCAUCAGCGACUACUGCACCGAGCAGUCCUGCCCCGUCAUGUCGGGAGGCCCCAGGUACGAGUACCGCUGGCAGGACGAGCACAAGUACCGGAAGCCCACGGCCCUGUCCGCCCCGCAGUACAUGAACCUGCUGAUGGAUUGGAUCGAGGUGCAGAUCAACAACGAGGACAUCUUCCCCACCAACGUCGGUACGCCCUUCCCCAGGAACUUCCUCCCCGUGGUGAAGAAGAUCCUCUCGAGGCUUUUCCGCGUCUUCGUCCACGUCUACAUCCACCACUUCGACCGCAUCACGCAGAUGGGCUCGGAGGCGCACGUGAACACGUGCUACAAGCACUUCUACUACUUUGUGAAGGAGUUCAACCUCAUCGACACCAAGGAGCUGGAGCCCCUGAAGGAGAUGACAGCACAGAUGUGCCACUGAGCGACCCCCGCUGCGCCGGACCUUUUCCUCACAGAAAUGGAUUUAUAUUUUUAAGGCUGUAAUCGCUGCAGAAUAGCAGGAGUAUUUUUGUAAGAGAUGUUCCAGAUCCGUUCCUCUGGCCGGUUGUCUUUUGUUUGUUUGUUUCUUUUCUUCUUUUUCGAUGGCCGUUUCUAUUAUUAAAAACAAAAAGAAAGGAAGAAGAAAAGUUCCGGGCUGCUGGCGGGGAGCUGAGCUGGGUGGGACUGCAGUGCAGGAGGGGGUUCUCAAAGGGGUGAAUGGAGGAGGUGCUGCUGUGCCCCAGCAUGGAGGGAUGUGAGCAGAGGGAUGCAAACAGCCUGCAUGGAAGCAAUCGGGGUGCAGGGAUGAGAGCUGCUGGGUGUGCAGUGUGAGGUGGGUGCAGAGAGCAUGAGAGGAGCGUGCAAAGUGCGUGCAGGGGGUGUGCAAGGAGCGCUUGCAUGCAGAGCGUGGGGUAACGGGCAUGAUGUGCAAAGAGCAGGCGGCCGGCGUGCAGAGAGCGUGCAAUGCAUGGAGUGCAGAGCUGUGAAUGUGAGGGAAUGCAGAGAGCAGGGAGUGCAGUGAGAGGGAAGGGAGCGGGCAGAGUGCGUGCAGGAACAUGGAAAGUGCAUGGAGGAACAUGGAAAGUGCAUGGAGGAACAUGGAAAGUGCAUGGAGGAACAUGGAAAGUGCAUGGAGGAACAUGGAGUGCACAGUGUGCAAAGAACGGGGUGAACAUGCAGAGAGCGUGGAGGGAACAUGUGGAGAGCACACGAACUGCAUGCAGGGACAGGCAACGAACAUGCAAGGAACGCGUGGGGAUGUGUAGCAAACAUGGAAUGAACAUGUAGGGAACGUGCAGAGGGGGUGCAGGUGGCCCUGCCCGGCGUGUUCAUUGCGUGUUCAUUGCGUGUUCAUUGCACCCCACAUGCUUCUCAUAUGUUCAUUGCAUGCCUCCUGCAUGUAAUUGCAUGUUCACUGCAUGCUCAUUACAUGGUUGUGCGUUCCCUGUGUGUUCAUAGUAUGUUCAUAGCA